ACAAGUUUCAUUGUAGAUACGAUCUUUUGCUGAAAUGCGGUUUGUCUGUUAUCCAGUUUUCUAAAAUUACCGCAUUUACCCUUUCAGUGUUGUCGGUAACAAAGAAGUUUUGCUGAAUACUUGUCAACAAUACUUUACUACUUACACAAAACAUUUUUUGAACCCCUCGCUCUUCUUGAAGGACAUUCCAGAAUGCUAUUGAUGUUGUUCACUGCGGUUUUUGUCUUUCAGUUAGGCAUUGACUAACGAAUGCAGCUAAGUAUCAUACUAGAAAGAACAGUUACAGUAAACGACUGAAGAUCAUAUCCAAAAGUCAAAACUGCUGCACUGUUGCUUAGUCAACUGCUAAGACUGCAGUUGUCUCUCACAACAGUAAAACUCCAUUACGGGCUCUCUAUAAACAAAUGUUUCAGAGAAGCCCAGGAGUUCAUUCAAAAAGAUCCGAAGAACGCAGAGUGCGUAAGAGACAGCAGACAGAAGCUCGCCGAAAAUUACUAGGUCGAAAGCGCCUAUUUCAUAAAACAACAGGUGAUGCGGCAUACGGCGUCUAUGCAGAGAGACCGGAUUUGAAUGAUGAAGAUUACUCAUAUAAAAAAGACAAAUUCUUGGCUGAAAUAAACAUCGACGAACUAGGCAUACUAGAAAUCGAGAAAGACACUCGUGGUCAACAAAAUUCUGCGCGAUGGAUGCUUGAGAGAAAGAAGCGCCUCACAGCUUCUAAUUUUGGUGUCGUUUGUAAUAAACUCCCCACAACGAAAUGCGACACCAUCAUAAAGAAGCUUCUUUAUUUCGAUCUCAGCACUGAAGCAAUGAGGUAUGGGAAGAGACAUGAAGUUGAUGCAAUAAAUGCUUUGCAAAAUCUGAACCACAAUGUCUCCCCAUGCGGUCUCUUCAUUGAUAAGGACUUACCAUUUUUAGCUGCUUCGCCGGAUGGUUUAGUAGGUAACGAUGGUAUAAUCGAAGUAAAAUGCCCGGCCAAAUGUUACGAUAUCACUCCUGACGAAGGAAUUUUAUCACGAAAAGUAACAUUUUGGAAGGUAGAUAAAACUAAAAAAAAUAUCCUUGGAAUCAAUACAAACCACAUUUUCUAUUAUCAAGUCCAAGGACAAUUACACAUUACUAGAAAAAGUUUUUGCCUUUUUGUUUUAUGGACACCCAAAGGGAUCAAAAUAGAAAACAUAAAACGAGAUGACGAGUUUUGGGAAAAUAAAAUGGAACAAAAAUUAAAGAAUUUCUAUUUCGACUGCCUGCUGCCAGAAAUUAUUGAUCCUCGUUUUACAAGAUCACUUCCUAUAAGAAACCCACAGUACAUUGUAAUUGCAGCUAUUAAUGAAAAGAAUUCAAAAAUCACAGUAUAAUUUUCGUAAUUUUAAAUUUAUAAUUAAUAAUGCCACCAA